AUUUAUAUUUCAGUUCUUCAUCAUAGAAAAAACAUUAAAAAUAAAGAAAACAGCAAAAUCUCACUUUCUCCUUCUCUGUAUAUAAUUAUAUAUAAAUAUAAUUAUUUGUUUCCGUAAUCUCUCUCCAUUUGUUUUUUUCUUACAAUAAGCUGAACACAACAUUAAAGAUCUCUGCAAAAAAAUGCAAGCAUCGGCAGUUUCCUAUUAAGUGUUUUUCUUUCUUUCUUUCUUUCUUCUUCUUCUUCUUCUAGAUCUUCUUCUUCUUCUUCUUCUACUUCCUUUACAAUGGGAGGCUGUACUUCCAAGCCUUCAAAACCCAAAGGCAAUCACCACAAUGACUAUCCUACCGUUCCUCAACCACCCAAAUCUCCACCACCGCCGUCGCUCCUUCCUCCGACUACCCCUUUUCUUCCCACUUACACUCCCAGUCCAGCUCACCCAACCAAACCCAAAACUCCUUCGACUCCUUUAAGGUUUCUUAAGAAAUCCUUUCCUCCUCCUUCUCCGGCGAAACACAUCCGGGCGGUUUUGAGACGGAGGAAGCCUAACAAGAAGGCGGAGAAAGAGGCGGCGGCGGGGAUUGCGGAGACGGACGAGGAUGAAGAUGGGGUUGAACUAGAUAAAAGAUUUGGGUUUUCGAAAGAAUUAAGGACUAAAUUGGAAAUUGGUGAAGAAGUUGGGAGAGGGCAUUUUGGGUAUACUUGUUCUGCUAAGUUCAAGAAAGGUGAAUUCAAAGGACAACAGGUUGCUGUUAAAGUGAUUCCCAAAUCCAAGAUGACGACAGCUAUUGCGGUCGAGGAUGUUAGAAGGGAGGUGAAGAUAUUGCGAGCCUUGACAGGACAUAGCAAUCUAGUUAAAUUCUAUGAUGCUUUCGAAGAUCAUGAUAAUGUCUAUAUAGUAAUGGAGUUGUGUGAAGGGGGUGAGCUUUUGGAUAGAAUACUCGCAAGGGGUGGAAAAUACUCAGAAGACGAUGCAAAGGCGGUAAUGGUACAGAUACUAAAUGUUGUUGCUUUUUGUCAUCUUCAAGGUGUGGUGCAUCGAGAUCUUAAACCCGAGAACUUUUUGUACAUUUCGAAGGAGGAGAACUCUUUGCUGAAAGCCAUAGACUUCGGUUUAUCGGAUUUUGUAAGACCAGAUGAAAGGCUUAAUGACAUUGUGGGAAGUGCAUACUAUGUGGCACCUGAAGUUCUACAUAGAUCCUAUGGUACGGAAGGUGAUGUUUGGAGUAUAGGAGUGAUCUCUUAUAUUCUUUUAUGUGGGAGUCGACCAUUUUGGGCAAGGACCGAGUCUGGAAUUUUCCGAGCAGUCCUAAAAGCCGAUCCAAAUUUUAAUGAACCACCUUGGCCUUCCUUGUCUCCCGAAGCUAAGGACUUUGUGAAGCGACUCUUGAUCAAGGAUCCUAGGAAACGAAUGACAGCAGCUCAGGCAUUGUGUCAUCCUUGGAUCCAGAGUUGUAAUGAUGCCAAGGUUCCACUCGAUAUUCUAAUAUUUAGGCUUAUAAAGGCGUAUAUGCGAUCAUCACCUCUACGGAAAGCUGCUUUAAAGGCAUUGUCGAAGACGUUGACUCCGGAUGAACUCUUUUACCUUCGAGAGCAAUUUGCGUUAUUAGAUCCGAAAAAUGGUAGCAUAACCUUGGAGAAUAUUAAGACGGCCCUAAUGAAAAAUGCAACCGAUGCAAUGAAGGAAUCUCACAUGCUGGAUUUUCUCUUAUCGCUAAAUGCACUUCAAUACAGAAGAAUGGAUUUCGAAGAAUUUUGUGCAGCCGCAUUAAGCGUCCAUCAGCUCGAAGCGUUUGAUCACUGGGAACAACACGCUCGUUGUGCAUAUGAUCUUUUCGAGAAAGAUGGAAACCGGGCUAUCGUCAUCGAGGAACUUGCAUCUGAACUUGGUCUCGGACCCUCUAUCCCGGUUCAUGCCGUUCUUAACGACUGGAUAAGGCAUACCGAUGGGAAAUUAAGUUUCCUUGGGUUUGUGAAAUUGUUGCGCGGUCCAUCCAGUCGUGCCGUUGCAAAGGCACAAUAAUCAUGUUAUGUUGUUGAUUCAACGAGACAGGGAUGCAAACACGGAUUCGAUCUUUUCCGGGGAGUUUCGGAAGGAAGCUCGAUAAAUCGAGGUUCAGCUCGGAUAAUGAAGGCUUUAACUUUUAUGUUAAAUUCUUUGAGGAGUUUAAAAAGUUGUGGGAUACUUUGAAAAGGCAGUGAAAAAGAUAUAUAAUUGGCAAUGGCAAGCAAUCAAAAAUGUAGAGAAAAUAUAAAUAUAUAUAUAUAUGGUUAAGCUUUUGAGCUUUUUGUUGCUUCAA